CCUUGUGCUUUCGAUCCCGAACUGCCUGCGGGGGAGAGAGCGAGAGGCGGGGAGGAUAUCGCCGGCUGGAAACUCCUCUGCGGCGCCGGGAUCUUGGUUCUUCGGGCGAGGGGGGACAGCAGGACUGACUCACGCGCGGAGCGGCGAGGGCUCGCGAGUUCCCAGCGCCAGUUUUCCGGGCGUUUCGGGAGGAGGAGAAGGAGAACGACAUGUUUGGCUGGGGGUGCCCUGGGGCCGUGCUGGGCGGGCUGCUGGGAUCCUGGCUGCUUCUGGCGGGAUCUAGUUCAGGAUCUAAAUGGAAAGGACCAAAACUAAAUAUAGUGGGAACGCAACACGUCAUACAAGAAGGAGAUACUUUAAACAUCAUCUGCAGCGGGGAAGUGGUCCAUUCAUGGUCUCUGCCUGAAAGUCUAAGUAAGAGCAGCAAACGGCUCAAUAUAGUGACAUAUACUUGUGGAAGGAAUGGUAAACAGUUCUGUAGCAGCCUGACCUUGAACCGAGCUCAAGCAAAUGACACAGGAUAUUAUAGCUGCAGAUAUCCAUCCUCAAGUGCUGCAAGAAAGAAGACAGAAUCUACAAUAUAUAUAUUUAUUAAUGAUACACACAGCCCAUUUGUAAAGCCGUACCCAGAUAUACCAGAAAUGAUACGCAUGGACUAUGGACAAGAACUCAUCAUCCCAUGCAGAGUUACAGCACCAGAUAUCAAUGUUGAAUUAAGCAAGGUGCAAGAAAGAACCAUAGUUCCUGAUGGGAAAACAAUAAUCUGGGAUAGUACGAAGGGCUUUAUCAUACAAAAUGCAACCUACGAAUUUGCAGGCCUUUUCGCCUGUAAAACAAGUAUUGAUGGACGUGCCUACAGCAGUAAUUACCUGACAUACAGGAUUACCAAUGAUAUCCUUAGUGUCCAGUUAAAUGCCUCAAGACCGGUCAAGUUAUUGAAAGGACACAACCUUGUCCUUAACUGUACUAUCACCGCAGCCUGGAACACAAGAGUGCAGAUCAUGUGGAGUUAUCCUGGUGAGACAAGUGAAAGAGGCACCAUAUCUAGAAGCAUUAUUCAAAAGAAUGGUGGAUACAAUCUAUUUUACAGUAUUCUGGUUGUUGAUAAAGUCCGUGAUAUCGACAAAGGGCAGUACACCUGCCACGUAAAGAGCGGCCCAUCUGUGAAAUCAGUUAAUGCAAAUGUUCACAUUUAUGAUAAAGCAUUCAUAAAUUUGAAACAUCGACGAAAAAAUGUGCUGGACGUUCUAUCUGGCAAGAAGUCCUAUCGACUUUCUGUGAAAGUGAAAGCAUUUCCCGCACCAGAGGUUGUAUGGUUGAAGGAUGGGUUACCUGCUGCUGAAAUGUGUGCCCGGUAUAAAAUUAAAGGUUUUUCACUCAUCAUAAAACACGUUGCUGAAGAAGACGCAGGAAAUUACACUAUAUUGUUGAGCACUCAGAAAUGGAACCUCCAGAAAAACUUAACAGUCAUGCUCAGAAUAAAUGUGAAACCUCAGAUUUAUGAAAAAGUCUCAUCUAUUCCUGGCCCUAAUCUCCAUCAGCUGGGUAGUAAACAAGUUCUAACUUGCAUUGUUUAUGGUAUUCCUCAACCUACGAUUAAGUGGACCUGGCACCCCUGUCAACAGAAUCAUUCCACCACAAGGUCUGAGUUUUGCUCCAGUCCAGAGAGUUCUUUCAUCUUGAAAUCGGGGAGCACUACAGGAAACAGAAUCCAAAGCAUCACUCAAAGAACAGCAGUAAUAGAGGGGAAGAAUAAGACUGCAAGCAUAUUGGUUGUGGCGGAAUCCAGGUCUUCCGGAAUCUACAGCUGCCUUGCUUCCAAUAAAGUGGGAAGUGACAAAAGAAGCAUUAGUUAUGUUGUCACAGACGUGCCCAAUGGAUUCCAUAUUAACUUAAAGAAAACACCCGUUGAAGGAGGAACCCUGGUGUUGUCCUGUUCAGCCAACAAGCUCCUAUACAAAGACAUCACCUGGUCAUUGCCAAGGACAGUAAACAACAGCCAGACAAGAAUAAAAAAGGCAGCCACUAAGGAGUAUUCUGUUGACCUCAGCCUCACCAUCAAGAACAUUACGCUUGAACAUUCAGGCACCUACUCCUGCCGAGCACGGAACAUAUACACUGGAGAAGAACAGCUUCAAAAGAAAGACGUUACAGUCAGAGCUCAGGAAGCACCGUACCUCCUUCGGAACCUCACUGAUCAGGUUGUCAACACCAGUCACUCUGUUAGUCUGGAGUGCCAUGUUCAUGGUGUGCCAGAGCCUCAGAUAUCCUGGUAUAAAAACAACGAACAGAUACAGCAAGAACCAGGUAUAAUAUUAGGUCCAGGAAGCCAGAGUCUGUUGAUUGAAAGAGCCCAAGAGGACGAUGCUGGGCGCUACCAGUGUGUGGCCAGUAACCUGAAAGGGACGGUGGAGACUUCAGCCUAUGUCACCAUACAAGGAGUAUCAGAGAGCUCAAACCUGGAGCUAAUAACCUUGACCUGCACCUGUGUGGCAGCAACACUCUUCUGGCUUCUAUUAACACUCUUCAUACGCAAGCUAAAACGGCCUCAUUCUUCGGAAAUCAAGACAGAUUAUUUGUCAAUCAUAAUGGAUCCCGAAGAAGUCCCCUUAGAUGAACAAUGUGAACGACUUCCUUAUGAGGCCAGCAAAUGGGAAUUCGCCCGGGAAAGGCUUAAACUGGGAAAGACUCUUGGGCGAGGUGCAUUUGGGAAAGUAGUACAAGCAGCUGCUUUUGGAAUUAAAAAGUCACCCACGUACAAAGUCGUUGCUGUGAAAAUGUUGAAAGAAGGAGCCACAGCCAGCGAAUACAAAGCUCUGAUGACUGAGCUGAAGAUCUUGAUACAUAUCGGCCAUCAUCUGAACGUUGUGAAUUUGCUGGGAGCUUGCACAAAGAGUGGAGGACCGCUAAUGGUGAUUGUUGAAUAUUGCAAAUAUGGAAACUUAUCAAGCUACUUGAAGAGCAAAAGGGAUUUCUUUUGUACCAACAAGGAUGCAUCCAUUCAAGGUGAGGUGAUGACAGAGGAGAAGGAUGUUGAGCCUGUCAGCGGUAAAAGAAAGAGACUGGAAAGCAUCCCAAGUCGAGAGAGUUUAGCGAGCUCUGGGUUUCAGGAAGAUAAAAGUUUAAGUGAUGUGGAGGAGGAAGAGGAGGAUUCUGAUUAUUUUUACAAGUGGCCUCUUACAAUGGAAGACCUAAUUUCUUACAGUUUUCAAGUGGCCAGAGGCAUGGAAUUCUUGUCAUCACAAAAGUGCAUCCAUCGUGACUUAGCGGCCAGAAACGUCCUUUUAUCGGAAAACAAUGUUGUGAAGAUCUGUGAUUUUGGCCUUGCAAGAGAUAUUUAUAAGAAUCCUGAUUAUGUGAGAAAAGGCGAUGCGCGUCUCCCCCUCAAAUGGAUGGCACCAGAAUCUAUAUUUGAUAAAAUCUAUAGUACCAAAAGUGAUGUUUGGUCCUAUGGAGUGCUGUUGUGGGAAAUAUUUUCUUUAGGUGCAUCCCCAUAUCCAGGUGUUCAAAUAGAUGAAGCUUUCUUCAGCAAGUUAAAAGAAGGCAUACGGAUGAAAGCCCCGGAGUUUGCAACCGCGGAAAUAUAUCACAUCAUGCUGGAUUGUUGGCAGGGUGACCCAAAUGAAAGGCCAAAGUUCUCAGAGCUGGUGGCAAGAUUAGGGGACCUACUUCAAGCAAAUGUCCGGCAGGAUGGCAAAGACUAUAUCCCUCUGAAUACUAUAUUAUCAGUGGAGACUGGACUUGACAAUUCUUCUCCGACUUCCCCUACCCUUCAUGAAAGAGAAAAUGAUUCCAUGCCAGCCUUCAAUUAUGCAAGCAUCGAAAACACUGGAAGACACAGUAAUGCCUUCAGAAUGAAGCCACCCCAGAGGGUCAAGACCUUUGAAGAACUUUCUCCCAAGGACAAAUCUAGACACGAUGAUUACCAAGCGGACAGUGGAAUGGCGCUGCCUUCAGAAGAGCGGAAGCGUUUUACAUGGACGGGCAGUAAACAAAAGCAAACUUUCUUUGGCCUCCGCUAUGGCAGCAGAAGCAAAGAGUCUGUCCUUUCUGACACAGCCAAGCCGAAUGUCUACAGCUUCAGCUGCGGACACAUCAGCGAUGUGACUCGGCCAUUUACUUGUGGCAAUCUAAUAUGGGAAGGAAAAGCUGUGCAGGGGUUCCUUCCACGCAGCUACAACUCUGUGGUUCGGUAUUCUACUCCACCAGUUUAGCAUUGGGACUUCGCCAGCGACUCAAAAGCAGCUGCAUUUCUCUGCUGUCACCAUUCUAAAGUUGGACAGUCUGGACUGCUGCUCACUGAUCCACCACCAUUUAUGUAGAGUACAGAUGUUCAUUUCUAUGAAGCACCAGGAGCAGCCUCCUCACAACCGCUGUACUUCAUCUACUGUGGCACUAGCUCCCACCCGAUAAUGGGAAUUUUUUAAUUGUACAAAUGCAAUAGGGAAGAGAAGGCUUGCUGCAGAGUGGGGUGGGGUAACACAUGCCUCCGUGGACUUUCUCCCCGAAUUCCAGAUUCUUGCACUGGUCCCACACAACACAAGAGAUUGACACUGACUAGACCAGAAGCUGCUUCCAAACUAGUCCAUCCAAUUCUAUUGCCAAAGGAGAGUUUUAUUAGACAUGUCCCUGUGCGCAUAAAGCAGAUCUCCGAAAGAGGCACAAAAAUCUCUGCACCAAUGCACUGUCAGUAGCUGUGGCCCCAAUCCUGUCUCAGAACGCGGUGCCAGCACACUAGCAUGAGGAAAUGCUAUAGUACUGAAAACUGUUACCAUUGGCCAAAAUAUGACCAAAUGUUGAUAUAGCCAGGGGCAAACUGAAGUUGGGUCAUGGCUAAGGAGGCAUACCAUGUACAGUAUCCUGCAGGGAUUUUGGUCACCAGACCGAAGUAUAUAACUUCAGAUCUCAGUUGCCAUCACAUUAUUUAAGUGUGGAAUCUGGCAUUAUGGGUGGAACACAGCAUGCUGAGAAUUGCAGCUGCCUCUUACAGAUGCGCACAGAAAUUUCUUGUCAUUUUGGUUGCAGAUGGGCCCGAACAUUUGCAAGGAAUGCCCAAGCAAAACUACAGAGAGGAGCAGAGCAGUACUCUCCCUGGAUGAGGUGGGAAUUCAGUACUUUGCAUAGUGCUUUAUCUUGUAGUUAACUGAAGCAGCAUAUACAUUGGGCAAAGUAAAUAUGCAGAGUGGAUUAAUGAAGGUAAUUCAUAGAUGUUGAAGAAUUCAGCUUUUCUUGAAGCAGAAUUUGGAACCUUUUUU